AUGCAGCUGGUUGAAGCUGAAGCCGCUCCAUCCGCUCAACCGCCUGUUGAUUUCUCAUGGUCUGAAAUCGGUUCAACACGCCGAAGCACGCCUCUACGGGAAGACGAACCAACGUUUUUAGAUAACCAAGAUUCUCUUCUCGACGAAUUUUCCAGUCCAAAGUCCGGCCUAGGCAAGCUUCCCAACACUCAGCCACUGCCAUCAGAGCCUGAUCAGGAAAGCAAAGAACCUCCUCUUGUUGACUUUUCUGAGACAGCUUCUACUGUACGACGAAGUUCACCUUAUUAUUCGUUGGCUGCCUCUCAGAUUGGAGAUGACGAGGCACUAAAUAUCCUGGAAAACAAUCCUUUGGCACCACUACCAAGUACCAUCCCCGAUUCGAUACAGGCUCUCGGAUUACCGCCUUUCCCUAAAUCAGCAACCAUGGAUCACUUGCCGGAAGACGAGCUAUAUGAUGUCACGCCUCCCAAGUCGACGGCUGAGCUUGAAGCUGAGACAUCGCGAAAAGAGGAGGAAGCACCUGAAGCUGCCACAGAAAGGUCCCAGCGUACUAAGAAGCCAAAUUCGUCGCAGAACUCAAAGACAAAAGGCAGGCCGGGGAAGGCCUCAAAAAGCCAUGAUGCACUUACGAGACUGUUAGAGGAGGAACUGGAUCCAUCAGGAGAAGACGAAAGACAGGAGCAAGCAUCUUCACCCCCUGAAAAGCUACCAGCAAAGCUCCCAAAGCGGAAGAACAGCGCUCUCAAAGGCAAAGAGACACCAAAAAGGAAGCCUGCCGCUGCGAUAACUCAGGAUGUACGGACAAGUGAGCAACGACCCAAGGAAAGGAAAGGCCGGAGACAACGAGCGAAGACUCCCAUUCAAUUCGACGAAGAGACACAUGAAAUAAAAGAGGCAACACCACGGAAGGCAGCGGAACAGCAACCUCGCAUGCCCAUCGUGAGCAAUCUCAGAAAAUCGCAUGCUGCCUCUGUCUCUCCCAUUUCAAGUGCAGGGAAAGGAACACCCGGCUCGAAACGAAAACCUGCGCCAAAGCGCAAACCGCCUGCUCAAGAUGCUUCCCAGAAAGCCCCCCCAGCCACACGAAAGUCAGAUUUGAAGAACGUGGUACCUCAGGACAAACCUCAUACAGCUGAAGAACGUGCAGUUCCUGCUACAAAAGUGGCAGCUAAGCCUGCGCCCGCGAUCAAAAAGAGAAUAACUCGAGCCAAGGUGAAAGAGGAAAAAGCACCAGUGUCGCAGCCUUUAAAGGCCCAAGAGACACCAGGAAAGAGAAAUGAGACUCAGGGAUCGACUCAGGACCCUAUCGUGCUCUCUAGUGACCCUGAAAGCUCCUUGUUUUCCGAUGAUGACGAUGCCUUCGUUCCAAUUGAAGACUUGCAACCAAAAGAGAAGAGGCAAUCAGCAAGGAAGACUCAAUCAGUGAUGGGAGAGUUGCUCGUUGACCCAAUUGUCGACGUGGAACCAGUAGGCCAUGCUCACCGUGAGAAAGCGCAGCCGUCUACACGCCCGCAGACCCUACCGCAGAAGCCCGAGGCCUCUCACCCUUCACGUCCUCCAGAAGAACAAAUCUCUAGGCAGAAGACAACCAUGACUGUUAAGCCUGACUCCAAGAAGGUUGUUGAAGAACCUCUUCCAAGCACGAGGGGAAACCGUGCAGCUCAAAAGGGCCGAAGGAAGGUUUUGUCGGCUCGCGACACCAACAUUCUCGUUCAACAAGAUACCUCACAAGCAAGGACCUUGAAAAGACCUGCUACGACAGUUGACCCCAUCAUUGAUGUUUCUCACCCACCUCGCAAGAUCAGUAAGUCAUCAAGGAGCUUCAGUAUCAGUCAGGUGGGUAGCCCGUUACCACUUGAAACAAGCCCAGCACAGCUUGUCGGUGGAACAAGUCCAAGUGCUAUGGAAGAAGUUGUAUCUGCGAAAGUGCCCAAGCGCAAUCAGCAGACGGAGCCUAGAAGAUCCCAACGCCUUCGAAGAACUGCGGAAUAG